GUUACAAUGGAAGUUGAACGAAUUAAUAAUGAAAAAAAACCAGAAGACAGCAACGAUAGUGAUAGUGUUCUAAGUGUAAAACAUGAACCUGUUCAUGAUACUGAUAAACAAAUGUACACAAUUAAUUAUGAAAAUAUUAAAGUUAAAACAGAAUUACAUACAGAAUUAAAUAUUAAAAGUGAAAUCUCUGAUGAAGCUAUUUUAGUAGACAAAUCAUUUUCAUGUGAUAUUUGUAAUAAAACAUUUAAUCAGAAAAAAUAUUUAGAUCAGCAUAAACGAACUCACAGUGGAAAAAAACCAUUUUCAUGUGAUAUUUGUAAUAAAACAUUUACUCAACAACAUAAUUUAGUUUCACAUAAACGAAUUCAUAGUGGAGAAAAGCCAUUUGUUUGUGAUAUUUGUAAUAAAACAUUUACUCACCCAGCUAAUUUAGUUGCACAUAAACGACUUCAUAGUGGAGAAAAACCAUUUGUUUGUGAUAUUUGUAAUAAAACAUUUAGUCGACAAUACACUUUAGUUCGGCAUAAAAUAAUGCAUACCGGUGAAAAACCCCUUUCAUGUGAUAUUUGUAAUAAACGAUUUAAUCACCAGUACACCUUGGUUCAACAUAAACGAAUUCAUAGUGGAGAAAAACCAUUUGUUUGUGAUAUUUGUAAUAAAACAUUUAGUCAACAAUACACUUUAUACACCUUGGUUCAACAUAAACGAAUUCAUAGUGGAGAAAAGCCAUUUGUUUGUGAUAUUUGUAAUAAAACAUUUACUCACCUAGCUACUUUAGUUUCACAUAAACGAAUUCAUAGUGGAGAAAAACCAUUUUCAUGUGAUAUGUGUAAUAUAUCAUUUGCUUAUAAACAUAAUUUAGUUAGACAUACACGUAUUCAUAGUCAUUAA